CAUUAUGAGAGGUAAAUCUGAGGAUGGACAGCAUGCCAGCGUGCGGAAAAAUCUAUCACCAAAUUCAAACAUGGAGAGUUAGCUCAUGAGGUGCAGGAUAAUCCAAGAUGCAAACCCUUCUUCAACCCUGUAAGUCUGUGCCUCUCUUCAACUCUUCGUUACCGCUUGGUAUUAACAAUUGUCUUCUCAAAUACAACGGUCCAAUCCAUACCACAUGCCUGAAAUUCUCUAGUUUUCACUUAUUUCCUGUUACUGGGUCUCUCAAAGCCUUGUCAUUCUCUGAGAAUUUUCCACUUUGGAGAAGUACCCAUAUCUCCUUUUGCUGUCAAAAUGAUGCUUUUGAUGAUUUUUCAAGCACCCAGAUACCUGAAGGGGCGCAAAACUACAGAAUUCAAGAGAAUGAAGAGCUUGAAUUGCUAAAUAAGCCAUCUCCAGUAGCUAUAAAUAAUGGGGUAGGUUUAGAAGUUGAAAAAGAAUCUGAAACAAAUAAUAAAGAAGAGGCAUUAGCCCCAUUUUUGAAAUUCUUUAAGCCUAGGGAUUCCUUAGAAGAAGUAAACGAAGAGGAGGACGAUUCGAGCGUUGUAGAGGGGAAGUCUAAUUUGAAUAAUGAAGAUAAGGAAGCUAAGAAGGUUAAGGUGGACUACUAUGAGCCAAAACCAGGUGAUUUCGUCGUGGGUGUCGUGGUUUCUGGGAAUGAGAAUAAGCUCGAUUUGAAUGUUGGUGCAGAUUUGUUGGGUACGAUGUUGACAAAGGAGGUGCUGCCUCUGUAUGACAAAGAGAUGGAAUAUCUGUUGUGUGAUAUGGAUAAGGACGCUGAGAGAUUUAUGGUGAGAGGGAAGACGGGAAUUGUUAAGGAUGAAGCUGCGGUGAGUGGUGGAGGAGGUCCAGGGAGGCCGGUUGUAGAGACCGGAACUAUACUCUUUGCAGAGGUUCUUGGGAGGACACUGAGCGGACGGCCAUUGCUUUCAACCAGAAGACUAUUCCGGCGGAUAGCUUGGCAUCGAGUGAGGCAGAUUAAAGAACUGAAUGAACCUAUUGAGGUUAAAAUCACAGAGUGGAACACUGGGGGCCUGCUUACAAGAAUUGAGGGAUUGCGGGCUUUCCUCCCAAAGGCUGAGUUAAUGAACAGAGUGAACAACUUCAAGGAGUUGAAAGAAAAUGUGGGCCGCCGAAUAAAUGUACUGAUUACUCGAAUAAAUGAGGCUAACAAUGAUCUGAUACUGAGUGAAAGGGAAGCUUGGGAAAUGUUAAACCUUAAGGAGGGAACACUGCUUGAGGGAACUGUUAAGAAAAUUUUUUCGUAUGGAGCCCAAGUAAGAAUUGGUGAAACUAACAGAAGUGGGUUGUUACAUAUUUCAAACAUCUCUAGAAGCCGAAUUACUGCUGUCAAUGAGUUGCUGAAAGUUGACGAGAAGGUUAAAGCCCUGGUUGUGAAGUCAAUGUUUCCUGAUAAAAUUUCACUCAGUAUUGCUGACCUCGAAAGUGAACCAGGCUUAUUCAUAUCAAACAAAGAGAGAGUGUUUGCUGAGGCAGAAGAGAUGGCAAAAAAGUACAGGCAAAAGCUACCUGCGGUUUUAACCACUCGAAAGUCCGAAACCCCUCUAAACAAUGCCUUCCCUUUUGAAAGUGAAGCAACUAUGUAUGCAAAUUGGAAGUGGUUCAGAUUUGAAAGGGAAUAACGAAGUUCACUGACAUAACUGAUCCUUUGCUGUUGUACCACCCAAUUUGGAGGGAGAAUCAAUGCCGAGUGGGGCUUGCCAUGGAAAAAGGAAGAAGCUUCUUGUCAGGCUACUGUCCUCACCAUGCGGUUUAAGUAUGAAAUUUACGCAGCUUUUGCGAAUUUUGCUUUACCCGAUGGAGAAUAGGUAAGAGCAAAUGGUGAUUGAUAAUCAGAGCCUAGAAAUGAGUUAUGCCCAAUUGUUGUUGUACACAGUGCGUACUGAUGCAUCAAAUCUUCUUCACAUUUUGAUAAAUCAAAUUCUUUUACGAUCAAUUAUGAGAUUCA